CCGUCCGCCCGUCCCUCCGCCCGUCCGCGCCACUCCACUCGCCUUGCCCCACUCCCACUCCUCUCUCUCUCUCCCGCGCCCCGCUCAUCACCACCUCGGCCUCGGCGAGGCAGCGCAGGCAAACCCCCCGAUCCGCUUUUGCAGGCAGCGCACUAAAACCCCGGGGAGCGCGCCCCGCGGCAGCAGCAGCACCGCAGUGGGAGAGAGAGGCUUCGCCCCGGCCCGCACCGAGCGCGCGGGGCGAUCCACCGUCCGCCCGUCCGCACCUCCUCCUCUGCUCCGCGGGCCCGCACCCAUGGCGGCGACGGGCGUCGGCGCCGGGUGCCUCGCCCCCAGCGUCCGCCUGCGCGCCGAUCCGGCGACGGCGGCCCGAGCGUCCGCCUGCGUCGUCCGCGCGCGGCUCCGGCGCGUCGCGCGGGGCCGCUACGUCGCCGAGCUCAGCAGGGAGGGCCCCGCGGCGCGCCCCGCGCAGCAGCAGCAGCUGGCCCCGCCGCUCGUGCCAGGCUUCCUCGCGCCGCCGCCGCCCGCGCCCGCCCAGUCGCCGGCCCCGACGCAGCCGCCCCUGCCGGACGCCGGCGUGGGGGAACUCGCGCCCGACCUCCUGCUCGAAGGGAUUGCUGAGGAUUCCAUUGACAGCAUAAUUGUGGCUGCAAGUGAGCAGGAUUCUGAGAUCAUGGAUGCCAAGGAUCAACCUCAAGCUAAAGUUACUCGCAGCAUCGUGUUUGUGACUGGGGAAGCUGCUCCUUAUGCAAAGUCAGGGGGGUUGGGAGAUGUUUGUGGUUCGUUACCAAUUGCUCUUGCUGCUCGUGGUCACCGAGUGAUGGUUGUAAUGCCAAGAUACUUAAAUGGGUCCUCUGAUAAAAACUAUGCAAAGGCAUUAUACACUGCGAAGCACAUUAAGAUUCCAUGCUUUGGGGGAUCACAUGAAGUGACCUUUUUUCAUGAGUAUAGAGACAACGUCGAUUGGGUGUUUGUCGAUCAUCCGUCAUAUCACAGACCAGGAAGUUUAUAUGGAGAUAAUUUUGGUGCUUUUGGUGAUAAUCAGUUCAGAUACACACUCCUUUGCUAUGCUGCAUGCGAGGCCCCACUAAUCCUUGAAUUGGGAGGAUAUAUUUAUGGACAGAAUUGCAUGUUUGUUGUGAACGAUUGGCAUGCCAGCCUUGUGCCAGUCCUUCUUGCUGCAAAAUAUAGACCAUACGGUGUUUACAGAGAUUCCCGCAGCACCCUUGUUAUACAUAAUUUAGCACAUCAGGGUGUGGAGCCUGCAAGUACAUAUCCUGAUCUGGGAUUGCCUCCUGAAUGGUAUGGAGCUUUAGAAUGGGUAUUUCCAGAAUGGGCAAGGAGGCAUGCCCUUGACAAGGGUGAGGCAGUUAACUUUUUGAAAGGAGCAGUUGUGACAGCAGAUCGGAUUGUGACCGUCAGUCAGGGUUAUUCAUGGGAGGUCACAACUGCUGAAGGUGGACAGGGCCUCAAUGAGCUCUUAAGCUCCCGAAAAAGUGUAUUGAAUGGAAUUGUAAAUGGAAUUGACAUUAAUGAUUGGAACCCCACCACAGACAAGUGUCUCCCUCAUCAUUAUUCUGUCGAUGACCUCUCUGGAAAGGCCAAAUGUAAAGCUGAAUUGCAGGAGGAGUUGGGUUUACCUGUAAGGGAGGAUGUUCCUUUGAUUGGCUUUAUUGGAAGACUGGAUUACCAGAAAGGCAUUGAUCUCAUUAAAAUGGCCAUUCCAGAGCUCAUGAGGGAGGACGUGCAAUUUGUCAUGCUUGGAUCUGGGGAUCCAAUUUUUGAAGGCUGGAUGAGAUCUACCGAGUCGAGUUACAAGGAUAAAUUCCGUGGAUGGGUUGGAUUUAGUGUUCCAGUUUCCCACAGAAUAACUGCAGGUUGCGAUAUAUUGUUAAUGCCAUCGAGAUUUGAACCUUGCGGUCUUAAUCAGCUAUAUGCUAUGCAAUAUGGUACAGUUCCUGUAGUUCAUGGAACUGGGGGCCUCCGAGACACAGUCGAGACCUUCAACCCUUUUGGUGCAAAAGGAGAGGAGGGUACAGGGUGGGCGUUCUCACCGCUAACCGUGGACAAGAUGUUGUGGGCAUUGCGAACCGCGAUGUCGACAUUCAGGGAGCACAAGCCGUCCUGGGAGGGGCUCAUGAAGCGAGGCAUGACGAAAGACCAUACGUGGGACCAUGCCGCCGAGCAGUACGAGCAGAUCUUCGAGUGGGCCUUCGUGGACCAACCCUACGUCAUGUAGACGGGGACUGGGGAGGUCCAAGUGCGAGUCUCCUUGAGCUCUGAAGACAUCCUCUUCAUCCUUCCGCGGCCCGGAAGGAUACCCCUGUACAUUGCGUUGUCCUGCUACAGUAGAGUCGCAAUGCGCCUGCUUGCUUUGGUUCGCCGGUUCGAGAACAUAUGACGGCUGUGCUGCUGCGGCGGUGACAGCUUCGGGUGGACGACAGUUACAGUUUUGGGGAAUAAGGAAGGGAUGUGCUGCAGGAUGGUUAACAGCAAAGCACCACUCAGAUGGCAGCCUCUCUGUCCGUGUUACAGCUGAAAUCAGAAACCAACUGGUGACUCUUUAGCCUUAGUGAUUGUGAAGUUUGUUGCCUUCUGUGUAUGUUGUCUUGUCCUUAGCUGACAAAUAUUUGACCUGUUGGAGAAUUUUAUCUUUGCUGCUGUUUUUUUUUAAUCAAAAGAGGGGGUUUCCUCCGAUUU